UAUUUAUUUCCACUAUCUUAGGUUUGCCGCAAUGACUUAGAAAAGGAAGUUUUAGAUUUGUUGCAAAAGUCUUUAAAAUUGUGUGAUGUUGAGCAUCCGGGUUCUAGACAAAUUCUCUAUACUUAUCGUUCAGGUUUAAUACACAAAAGAAUUGCCUCAUUUCACUAUAGUCAGUUGCGUAAUAAUUGCACUGAUUCAUCAAGUUUGCCAAAAACUACACUACAACUGUGUAAAUAUCAUUAUGAAAAGUCAGCUUAUAUAUUGGAUUCCCUAAAAGAGGCCAGCGAUUAUUUGAUAGUGCAGUUGGAGCGUAUUUCUUUACAAGAAUUUUUAGCAGAAAAUUCCAACAAUAAUAUGAAGAAAAUCAAAAAUUUACAACAAGCAUUAGAAAUUUGUCUCAAUUCUAAGCCUCUCUUCGAAUAUGCUGUUAGUAAUUUAAGUUCAGCCGAAUUAACAAAUUCAACAGCAAAUGGUACUUCUACUGCUUCACAGAAUACAACAAGUGAAGGUGAAUUUCUAAAGCAUAUUCUAUUGUUUGAGAGUCGUUUACAAUAUGCCCUGAAAACUCUUAUAAAACUAUGGUUAAGUGGGGUAAAGGAUACAAAACAACGGGCCGAAUUGUACAAGAAAAUGUAUAUGGAAACCUUGAAUAUUAGAAAAGUAACAGGGGCUCAGCAUGCAGAGCAUGGUGUUAAAGUAUUGGCACAACAAUUUGCAAAUCUAUUGGAGAGACUGACACAACUGGAACAAAUACAUACAAAUAAUAUAACCAACAAUAACAAUAAUAAUAAUAGUAAUACAAGCUGCUAAGCAGCUUAAUAGCUUUUUGUAUUUAUUUAGUUUUCUUUAUAUUAAGUUCAUUUUUUUUUGUUCACUUACUGCCCUUUGCUUUUAAAAUAAUGUUUUUUUUUUUGUGUUUUGUAACCUUUUUCGAAAAAG